ACUAGCAGCCGCCGAUCCACGCACGUUCGCAUCACCACCACAGGUGUCUCACCUUCCUUGCUCUGCCAGCUCGGCAUCCAGCCGCAUGCCUUUAGUAUGGCUUGAUACUCUCGCGCUGCUAAUUCAUCACAUCACACCUUCACACUCUCCGUUGACGACCGGCGAGCGACGGUGGUAGCGGCUGUUGCCAUUCCGCUCAGAACCAACAGCGAGACGGUCACCGGAAUAAGAGAACAUCCCACAACUCCUCGCUCCAUUUAAAGAUCGCAGUCAAAGAAAUAUAUGGCGAGCUCAUUUGAGAAGUCAGUUAAGGGCGCGACCAAAAUCAAGCUGGCAGCGCCCAAGUCGAAGUAUGUCGAGCACAUACUCGUGGCCACGCAUGCUGGCGAGCAAGGCGUCGCCGAGGUGUUCCGCGUUCUACAAAACCGGCUGCGUGACUCCACCUGGACCAUUGUCUUCAAGAGCUUGAUCAUCGUGCAUUUUAUGAUACGGGAGGGAGAGCCCGAUGUUACCUUGAGGCACUUGUCGAGCAAUCCGACAAGGAAGUUGGCAAUCAACAAUUUUACAGAAGUGCAAACACAGGGUCGCAAUAUCAAAGCCUACGCCGAAUACCUCGUCCAACGAGUCAAUUCGUUCUCCGCCACGAAGGUCGAUUUUGUCCGUGCGGGCGAAGGACGGCUCACUCGACUGUCUGUAGAGAAAGGAUUGCUGCGAGAGACCGAAAGCGUACAGAGCAUGAUUCGCGCACUUCUGCGUUGCGAUUUCCUCACCUUGGAAACGGAGAAUGACAUUUCGCUCACGGCGUUCCGGCUUCUGGUCAUGGAUCUGCUUGUGCUGUUCCACGUUAUGAAUGAGGGCAUGGUCAACAUCCUGCAGCACUUCUUCGAGAUGUCAAAGCCGGAUGCUGAACGCACUUUGAACAUAUAUCGCACCUUUGUGAAGCAAACAGAGAACGUAGUCAAAUAUCUCUCGGUAGCGAGGAACUAUGAGCACGUCACCCGCCUAGAGAUACCCACACUCAAACAUGCCCCCACGGUUUUGACAACCCAGCUGGAAGAAUAUGUGAAGGAUCCAGACUUUGAGGUUAUGAGGCGGCAGUAUCUGGCUCAGCAGGGCGCUAAGAAAGGAGGCAAAACAAGUACGAAUGGCUCCUCCAAGUUGCUGGAGCAGAAGACCAAUGCGAGCGCGACCAAGUCUGAAGCGUUCCCCGAGCCAAAGGUCGGAGCACAAUCUGAGACUAAGGCACCAAAAGCGGAUCUGAUAGACUUCUUUGAGUCCAUUGAGCAGAAUCAGACGACCAUGAACACUAAUCCUUUCCAGCAACCGCAGCUUGCGCAGGCACAAAAUAUGCCAGCGCAAGCAACCGGUUUCCAGCAGUCUCCCUUUGGCAUCCAACAGACUGGUGUUGCAGGGUCACAGGCGGCAUUCACUCAACAGCAGACAGGAUUUUCCAACCAACAGACCCCUUUUGGUGUAACACAGCCAACAGGAUUCCAGCAGCCAUCAUUCGGUCCUCAACAAAGUAACAUUUCAAACCAGCAAAACACUGCGUUUGGUAUCCAAACUACGGGCAUGACAACGCCACAACAACAGACAUUCAGUCCUGCUCAGGCAUCAUCCGCUGGUAAUCCUUUUGCUCAGGCCCCGUCAACAGCAGGCCAGCAACCUUUACAGCCAAGCUUUACCGGUGCUGGCUUUGGAGGUUACACGCCUCAACCACAAAACCAAAGAUUCACCCCAGCGCUCAGCAGCAUCCCUCAGAAUUCAGCACCUUCCUUCACACCUUCCGUCCCGGCCACUGAACCACCAGCUUCAACAAACCCAUUCCGCCAAUCCAUGCUCCCUCAAUCUACGGGAAACCCAUUUGCAAAACAACAAUCACCUCCCGUCGGAACGCAAAAUACGUUGGCACCACCAAACAACAAUGUUUUCUCACCAUCCGCGCCAAUGAUGCCGCAAGCAACAGGUACGAAUCCUUUCGCCAGACCUCAAACUGGCUCACCGGGACCUGCUCUAGGAGGCGUAACCACCCAUGCGACAGGCAGCACGAAUCCUUUCCGGCAGUCCCAAUUUGUGAACCAAUCCACAGGAUUGGGAUGGCAAUCCUCGGUGCCUCAAGGGACGAUUGGUGGAUUGUCCCCAGAUCAGAUCCAAACUACGAGCAUAUUCCCGAGACCUGGGGCGGGACAGUAGUAGUUGUAGCUGCAGCUGGCAGGGGUGGUGGUCGUUGUUUUAGUGUAAUCGAUACCUCAUAUUUCUUUGAGCUUUGCUCCUUAUGGUCCCGUCUUUGCGCAAUAUACCAUGCCGCACGACUCCAGACCACGCCGUAGUCGGCGACUAUUUAAUCCUGAUAGGGAUGUAAUGAGACCUCCCUUCAGAGGUAGAUUUAGUAUCAUUAGCGACUUAUUAGCAGCCAAAGAUAAUGAUUGCUUUCUUCUGACGAAUUUUGAAGAGAUAACACGAAUCACAUUAGCUCGCGUAAGCCAUCGCAUGAAGUGGAGCUGUGGCGUCGUACCACAGCUACGCCCGAUCAAAUGUCAGCGUGGAAUGGCUUCUCCAGAAUCAUUGCGCAGAUAAGGUUCGAUAAGUCAGCAAAGAGGCUUACAAAGAAUGAGGGAUCAGGAGAAGCACUAGUGAAGAAGAGAGACGGCCCAGGCAGAAUUUUGUGCAAAGUCCAAUUCUCAGCGGUUGCCCUUUCCCAGAGAUGCAUGAGCUAUUCAACGGCAAAGCAGAAAACGC